GAGGUCAGUCUCCUCUCCUCUUCUCUUCUUCUUCUUCUUCUUCACCUCCUUGUCAUCGCUGCUGCUGCUGUGCUACCAUCCAAAUCCCGGAGCUUUCCAUCGGUUAAAUUCCGGGCCAAAAUAGUGGGCGCCCACCAGCGCCCUCCUCCCCGUCUCUCCCCCCCUGUCCUCAUAUGCCGCUCCUGUCCCGUCCUCCUCCUGCCACUUCUUCCUUUCUUUGCUUCUCUCGCUCUGCCAGCGCCCUCCUCCUCCUCUCUGAAUCUCUCCCCUGCCGAGGAGGCCCGUCGCGUGCCGCCGCUUCGGACCCCGGCCGUCGAGGCGGCUGCCCGUGACCCGGGGAGGUUUUCUUGGGGGGAGAAAGGUCGGGGUUUUCGGCUGGUUGGUUUGGAUUUUGGUUCUUGAUUUGAGGGGCGAUUUAGGUUGGUUUUCUGCGAUUCGGAGUCCCUGUGCUGUGAUUCCUGCCGCUCCCUGCUUCCAUUUCUGUUCCCUGCAAGCACCCCCCGGAAUUCAGAGCGGCCGAGGCGGUUCUUCGCUCCGGGCCUCCGUCCAUGUAAGAAUUGGGUUGGGGUUGGAGGCGUCGAUGCGGAGAUUCGAGGUCGAACUUUGAGCGAGCGGGAGAUCAAGAACUGUUGCUCGAAGGUCGAUUUUUAUCCGUGAACCCGGUUUUCAGAUUGGUUGUUGCGAAGGCUGCAAGUGGAGGACGACUGUCGUUUUUGGCGAGGAUUUGAGAGCUGUGGUCGAGGUCAAAAGAGAUCAAUGGCGUCGCUAUCCGAAAGCGAGGGGACGAACAGGGGGGGCAUGUGGGAGCUGGAUCAGAACCUUGAUCAGCCCAUGGAUGAGGAAGCCACCAGACUCAAGAAUAUGUACCGGGAAAAGAAAUUCUCAUCAGUUUUGAUGCUGCGGCUUGCAUUUCAGAGCCUUGGGGUGGUCUUUGGUGACUUGGGCACAUCACCGCUCUAUGUGUUCUAUAAUGCCUUUCCUCACGGAGUAUACGACGACGAAGAUGUUAUUGGAGCUCUUUCCCUGAUCAUUUACACCCUUACUCUCAUCCCUCUUCUGAAGUAUGUUUUUGUUGUCUUGAGGGCAAAUGACAAUGGUCAAGGUGGUACACUUGCUCUAUAUUCACUACUCUGCCGUCAUGCAAAGAUCAGCACUAUACCCAACCAACACAAGACUGAUGAGGACCUAACGACAUAUAGUCGGCAAACUUAUGAGGAGAACUCAUUGGCAGCGAAAAUAAAGAGAUGGCUAGAAACACGCGCAUAUAAAAGAAACUGUCUUCUUAUUCUUGUUCUCCUUGGUACUUGUACAGCUAUUGGAGAUGGAAUCCUUACUCCUGCUAUAUCAGUUCUUUCUGCAUCAGGUGGUAUAAAAGUUCAAAAUCCAAACAUGAGUACUGAUAUUGUUGUACUUGUUGCCGUGAUCAUCUUGAUUGGAGUAUUCAGCAUGCAACACUUUGGUACAGACAAAGUUGGAUGGCUAUUCGCACCUAUAGUGCUCAUCUGGUUCAUUUUAAUUGGAAGUGUCGGAGCACUGAACAUACACAAGUAUGGUAGCUCUGUAUUAAGAGCGUACAAUCCAGUCUAUAUAUACCGUUAUUUCCGAAGGCGGGGAAAUUCUUCUAACACCUGGACCGUUCUUGGAGGAAUCAUGCUUAGCAUCACAGGAACUGAAGCGUUAUUUGCAGAUCUAUGUCAUUUCCCUGUGUUGGCCAUUCAGAUUGCAUUCACCUUCAUUGUAUUCCCAUGCCUUCUUCUGGCAUACACAGGGCAAGCAGCUUAUAUAAUUUCCAACAAGAAACAUGUGAAUGACGCCUUCUAUCGCUCCAUUCCAGAUGCCAUAUACUGGCCAGCCUUUGUUAUAGCAACUGCUGCAGCAAUAAUUGCAAGUCAAGCCACCAUAUCUGCAACCUACUCGAUAAUAAAGCAGGCUCUUGCAUUAGGAUGUUUCCCCCGCGUGAAGGUAGUCCACACCUCGAAGAAAUUUCUCGGGCAGAUUUAUAUCCCUGACAUCAACUGGCUCCUCCUUAUUCUUUGUAUUGCUGUGACUGCUGGAUUCAAGAACCAGAGCCAGAUAGGAAAUGCAUACGGCACUGCAGUGGUUAUAGUUAUGCUAGUGACAACGUUCCUCAUGGUACCAAUAAUGCUGCUGGUGUGGAAGAGUCACUGGAUUCUUGUCAUCACCUUUAUUGUGCUCUCGUUGAUGGUAGAGCUACCAUACUUCUGGGCUUGCAUAUUGAAGAUUGACCAAGGCGGUUGGGUCCCGCUUGUCAUCGCGAUAGCCUUCUUCAUCAUCAUGUAUGUGUGGCACUAUUGCACUGUAAAGCGGUAUGAAUUUGAGAUGCACAGCAAGGUGUCAAUGGCCUGGAUUCUUGGCCUCGGUCCGAGCCUUGGUCUAGUCAGGGUUCCAGGGAUAGGCUUUGUGUACACUGAGCUGGCAAGUGGCGUACCGCACAUCUUCUCACACUUUAUCACCAACCUACCUGCUAUCCACUCGGUUGUCGUCUUCGUCUGUGUCAAGUAUCUUCCAGUCUACACAGUCCCGGUGGAGGAGCGGUUCCUUGUGAGGAGGAUUGGGCCGAAGAACUUCCAUAUAUUCCGUUGCAUUGCAAGGUACGGAUAUAAAGACCUCCACAAGAAAGAUGAUGACUUUGAGAAGAUGCUCUUUGACUGCCUCACGUUAUUCAUCCGACUCGAGAGCAUGAUGGAUGGUUAUUCAGAUUCCGACGAGUUCAGCUUACCAGAGCAGAGGACUGAAGGAUCGAUCAACACUGCAUUUCUAGCAGACAAAACUGUCAACACAAUGUGCUCCAAUGGUGACCUUAGCUACUCAUCACAGGAUUCUAUUGUGCCAGUGCAGUCACCCCUCGGGGUAAACAACCUGUUGACGUACUCAAGCCAAACCAACCGUACAGUCAGCAACGAAGUUGAGUUCUUGAACCGGUGCAGGGAUGCUGGUGUUGUGCACAUCCUAGGGAACACCAUUGUGCGCGCUCGGAGAGAUUCAGGGAUCAUCAAGAAGAUUUCUGUAGAUUACUUGUAUGCCUUCAUGAGGAGGAUCUGCAGGGAGAACAGUGUGAUGUUCAAUAUUCCUCAUGAGAGCCUUCUUAAUGUUGGGCAAAUAUACUACAUCUGAAACAUCGUUUUCCGUUUGGUUUGUACUGGAUUCUGAGCAAAAAGCUCUGAUGUACCGUUCUCUGGAAGGGAGAGGGGGGUGGCUGCUUUAAACUGUAAAUAUAAAUAGGGAAUAGCUUCAGAUUUUGUUCCGCACCCUGCAUCUUUCAGGCGGUUUUCAUGCUAGAAAUGUUCGCCUUUUGUCUUGUAAUUCGUAAGAUUCAGAUGCUUCCUUUCCCUGAUAAA